GGGCGGAGUUACACUGAGGGAGCGAGCGGAGGGCGAAUGUGAGUCUCCUCGUCAUCGUUUGUUCAUCUGCAGCAUCCUCAGAGGUGUGUCUGCGCGCGCGGGCUGCAGACAAACAAACCGACUGAAAGAAAUCAUCUGCCCCAACUGAUGAUGGCGUCAAAAUGCCCAAAAUGCGACAAGACUGUCUAUUUCGCGGAGAAGGUGUCAUCUUUGGGUAAAGACUGGCACAAGUUCUGUCUGAAAUGUGAGCGCUGCAGCAAAACAUUGAAUCCAGGAGGUCAUGCUGAGCAUGAUGGAAAGCCCUACUGCCACAAGCCCUGUUACGCCGCCCUCUUUGGACCAAAAGGUGUCAACAUAGGAGGUGCUGGUUCUUACGUGUAUGACGCCACUGCCAACGAAGCACCUGCAGCGGUUUCCAUGGAAACGGACUCCAAACCAGAGGAGAAAAAAGCUUCGGGACGUGGGCCCGUGAAGGCUGCAAGCUUCUCAUCCUUCUCUGGAGGCCCCAACAUUUGCCCCAGAUGCAACAAAACUGUAUAUUUCGCUGAGAAGGUGUCGUCUCUGGGGAAGAACUGGCAUCGGCCUUGUCUGCGCUGUGAGAGAUGCAGUAAGACUCUGGCACCAGGAAGCCAUGCAGAGCAUGAUGGACAACCUUACUGCCACAAACCAUGCUACGCUGUGCUGUUCGGGCCCAAAGGCGUUAACACAGGAGGCGUUGGAAGCUACAUCUACGACGAUCCUGAAGCCAAAGAAGAGCCUUAAAGCCUCGGUGCUGCUUCCAAAACAGACGUCCUGGAGUUUCCCUCGUUUGCCGUCAUGGCCACUCUGACAAAUGAUCUGAUUUACGCUACCAGUGAUAGAUAAAUUUUUAUUGUAUUGGUUUACUGAUUUGUAUUUAAAUAACCACCCAUGACGUUCAAAUUUGCCGUUUAGUUUGUCGGUUCUCUUUGCCAAUUGGUCAUAAGGGAUUAUUAUAGUGAGUUAAAGCUCUGGUGUUGUUCUUUUUGAACAGUAGUUUGUGCAGAUAUGUGAGCUCUUACCACAUGUACUGGGUGAAAAUAUGAAGUAUCUAUUCUCCGUUUUAUUGUUUAGUUUAACUUAGCUUUUAAAAGAAACAGGAUGUCGUUGUGAUUAAUGCAUCUGAAGUUUGUGCAGCCUGGGUGAUCUUGAUCAUGUUUUAUACAAUUAAAGUUAGUUUUAGAAAACCUGAA